AUGGAGCGGGAGGUGCCUCCUGUGGCUGAGGAUCGCCCUCUGAAGGUGCAGCGUCUUGGUGAUAAGGGAGAGCCGGGCAUCACCGGGCGUGAAGCUGCAGAUGGUGAUAGCAGCAGCAGCGACCCCUGGGGAAGCACUGACUCUGUCCCCCCGCCCAAGCCUAAUGCCGGAUGCUCCAUAGCAAAGCUGCAAGUUGCAUGGGCGGAGACCGAGUACAAGAAUUGGACGGUGAAUUCUCAGGUGCUGUACGACGUGCUCCUGAACAUUCCACUUGACUGGCCUUCUCUGACUGUGGAGUGGCUCCCGGGAAUAGUCAAGUGCUCCGGCACUUCCGUAGUGAAGCAACGGCUCUUAGUAGGAACCCACACAAGUGGCGUGGAACCGGACGCCCUGGUAGUCAUGCAGGUGGAAUUGCCGUUGGGGCCGUUCGAAGAGAGUCAGAAAAACGAAUACAAAGAGCGAGGCGACUACGAGGGCUUCCAAUUUGGCCUGUCUUCGUACAAAGUGAAGGUCCUAAAGCGGCUGCCCCACCCAAAGGAGUCCAACUGCGCGCGGCAUAUGCCACAAAGACCCGCCGUAAUUGCCAGCUGUACGGUCGAUGGAAGAGUCCUGUUGUAUGACCUGGAAGCUGCCGGUAUCUGUGAGGGCCCCGAAGCAUCGCUGAUUGGCCACAAGGGCGAAGCGACCUCUUUGAGUUGGAAUAUCUAUCGAGAGGGUUAUGUUGCCUCCUGCGGAGCAGAGGGCACUCUGGCAGUCCACGACGCCUCCAAUGCGUUACAGUCCAAGCCUGCGGGGGGCUCAAAGAGUCUGUUCCUCGCUGAGCAAGAGGCGGGUUCAAAUUCGACAUGCUGGGCAGAAGCAGACCUACUGCUGGCUGCUUCAGAAGACAGCGUCGUCUCGCUCUGGGAUAUCCGGGCGCCUCCAACAAAAUCUGUAGCUAAGGUCCUGCGUUUAUACGACCGUCGCCGUUUAGAGUCUUGUGCACAUGAGAUGGAGGCACAUGGUGGUUCAAAGGCUUCAGUUGUUUCCUUCUCCCCCUACAAGCCGUCGCUCUUCCUCAGCGGAGGCUACGACAAGGGCGUUUCUCUCUGGGACUUGGAACAAAUCGGAGCAGACCAGGAUCCGGAAGACGCAGAGGAUGGGCCUCCGGAACUGCUCUUUACGCAUGGAGGACAUCGCGCCGAUGUGUAUGACGCUUCCUGGAACUGCGAGGACAAUUUCUCGCAGAUGGUAGCGUCUGUGGCGGAUGAUAACAAGCUGCACAUUUGGCAACCCAAAGCCUCGGUUUUCUUUGACAGUGAGAGCGAAGCAGAGGAUGAUGGAGUGCAUUUGGAAUAA